CGCUCGCGUUCCACCAGCUUUCUGCCGUUACCGAGAGCGCGCGAGGGGGGACUUUUCCAUUUCUCUCGCUUUUUGAGGAUUUUAACGCAUUUUUCUUAUUAUUCGAUCGGGCCAGAGAGGGAGAAAAAAACGGGUUACUUUGGAGAAAGCACAAUGUCAGCGACCUUCCCCGGACUUGUCCACGACGCAGAGAUACGUCACGACGGAUCAAACAGCUACCGGCUCAUGCAGCUCGGUUGCCUGGAGUCCGUGGCCAACUCCUCGGUCGCCUACUCCUCCUCCUCCCCGCUCACCUACCCAGCGCCGGCGGGGACGGAGUUCGCCUCGCCCUACUUUUCAGCCAACCACCAGUACACGCCCCUCCACCACCAGUCUUUCCACUACGAGUUCCAGCACUCCCACCCGGCCGUGGCCCCAGAGGCCUACGGGCUGAACUCCCUGCACUCGGGCCAGUACUACCAGCAAAUCCACCACGGAGAGCCCGCAGACUUCAUCAACCUGCACAACGCGCGCUCGGCCCUCAAGUCCUCGUGCCUAGACGAGCAGCAGCGGCGCGAGCUGGGCUGCCUCGACGCUUACCGGCGCCAUGACCUAUCGCUGAUGACGUCACACGGCUCCCAGGCCUACGGCGUCGGUAUGCACCAUCCGGACCAGAGGCUGCUGCCGGCCGCCGGCCUGGGCCUCCCUCCGCCCGCGGCAGACGACCUGCAGGGCUCCGUGGAAGCACAGUGUGGGCUCGUGCUGAACGGCCAAGGAGGCGUAAUCCGGAGAGGAGGAACAUGUGUGGUGAAUCCUACAGAUCUGUUCUGCUCGGUACCGGGCCGACUGUCGCUGCUCAGCUCCACCUCCAAGUACAAAGUCACCAUUGCCGAAGUGAAAAGAAGACUGUCCCCGCCAGAGUGCCUCAAUGCCUCCCUACUGGGAGGCAUACUGCGCAGAGCAAAAUCUAAGAAUGGAGGCCGGUGUCUUCGGGAGAAGUUAGACCGUUUAGGGCUCAACCUGCCGGCAGGACGGAGGAAAGCAGCCAACGUCACACUGCUCACCUCCCUGGUGGAAGGUGAAGCACUUCACCUGGCGAGGGACUUUGGCUACACCUGUGAGACAGAGUUUCCCAGUAAGGCGGUGGGGGAACAUUUGGCAAGGCAACACAACGAGCCGAAAGAAACUAGCGCACGCAAGAAAAUGGUCCUCGCAACUAAGCAAAUCUGUAAGGAGUUCCAGGACUUGUUGAGCCAAGAUCGUUCUCCUCUGGGCUCUUCAAGACCGACCCCCAUCCUGGACCUGGAUAUCCAGAGACACCUCACACAUUUCAGUCUGAUCACUCACGGGUUCGGCACACCUGCAGUCUGUGCAGCUCUCAGCACCUUCCAAACUGUCCUGAGCGAGAUGCUCAACUACCUGGACAAAAACUCAAGUGGGAAAACAAGCGGACCGACUGACCAACAGAUCAACAACAGCUCAGAAAAGACGCAGCUCCGGAAAACAGCCGAGCCUCAGAGCAAAGACGGGAAAACAGAAAAGACUGAGUAGCCCCCACCCACUGCAUCCCCGUGCCUUGGAGCGCUGCAUUUAGGAGUGUGUGUGUGAGCCUGAGUGUGUGUGUGUGUGUGUGACUGAGAAAGGUGUUAAUUUCCAUGCAUUACUAUGUCUUCUUUGAGACAGUUCGUCUAUAUUUGUUAUUUAUUUAUCUUCAGUUGAAAUGUGACAUUAGCUGGAACGGUCCUAAAUAAGACGUCCUGAUGUAUGAGCCUAAAUGACAUGUCAUAUGUCAGUGUGUGUGUGUUUGUAUGUGUGUUUCUGCGGAGCCUCGAAAUGGAGACGCCUGUGACUCACUCAAGACUUUUGUUUGUUUAUUUAUUAUUUCUUAAAACAGGAAGUAAACAUGGACAACUUCACAUCACACAUUUCUAGGACAGGGAUAAUAACUGCCAACAUGACAAACCAGAGUUGUUUCAUUAUCGGUUCAUCUGCUGAUUAUUUUGAUGAUUAAGAGCACAAUACCCUCACCUCAA